ACAGAAAAGGUUGACUUGGAAAACACACUCAUUAACGAAACCCAAAGGCAGUCAAAGGUCGAUGUUGGAGAUUCUCUCACAUUAAAGCGUGAAAAGUUUAGCGAUGGAAGCCCGAGUGGUUCUUCUGACGAUCAAGACCGGCACGAUCAGUCUGACGAUGACAAUGAUGCAUUCUUUGAUACAAGUGAUAUUCUUUCGUUAACUUCUUCCAGAGAAAAAGAUUCUGAUUCUGAUUGUGAGGAGACUUCUACUGACGAACGUGAUGCAAAUUCGCUCACUGGAUUUGCGAGAUCCAAUUAUCCCCAGGUGAUGCGACGAAAGAAAUUGCCCGAUCCCGUUGAGAAAGAGAAGGCAGCCAGCCUCUGGUCAAUAAUUAAAGAUAAUAUUGGGAAGGAUCUCACUAGCGUUUGCCUCCCAGUCUACUUCAAUGAGCCUCUGUCCUCAUUACAGAAAUGCUGUGAAGACCUCGAGUAUUCUUACCUUCUAGACCGAGCAUUUGAAUGGGGUCAAAAGGGUAACAGUCUUAUGAGGGUGCUAGAUGUGGCUGCAUUUGCAGUUUCAGGGUAUUCUAGCACUCUUGGGAGGAGUUGCAAACCAUUUAAUCCACUGUUGGGUGAGACGUAUGAGGCAGAUUUCCCAGAUAAAGGCUUUCGCUUUAUCUCUGAGAAGGUCAGUCACCAUCCCAUGGUUGUCGCAUGCCAUUGUGAGGGAACUGGCUGGAAAUUUUGGGGUGACGGCAAUCUAAAAAGUAAAUUCCGGGGUCGUUCAAUUCAGCUUGAUCCUGUCGGUUUACUGACCAUCGAGUUUGAUGACGGGGAAGUCUUUCGGUGGAGCAAGGUAACAACAUCCAUUUACAAUCUGAUUUUAGGAAAACUGUACUGUGAUCAUUAUGGGACAAUGCGCAUAGAAGGGAAUCGUGAGUAUUCUUGCAAGCUUAAAUUUAAGGAGCAGUCAAUAAUGGAUCGAAACCCUCACCAGGUGCAAGGCGUGGUGGAAGAUAAGAAUGGUAAAACAAUAGCAACUAUAUACGGGAAAUGGGACGAGAGCAUGCACUGUAUAAUUAAUGACAAUUCUAAAAGGAAAAAAUCCAGUGGGUCGUCUAAAUCAUGUCUGCUGUGGAAGCGGAAUGAACCACCCCUGCACACUACAAGAUACAAUCUUACCGAAUUUGCUAUUGCACUAAACGAAAUCACACCCGGACUCAAGGGGAAGUUGCCGCCCACAGAUUCGAGGCUGAGACCCGAUCAAAGGUUUUUGGAGGAUGGAGAGUAUGAAAUGGCCAAUACUGAGAAGUUGCGGCUGGAGACGAGACAGCGACAGGCAAGAAGGAUGCAAGAAAAGGGUUGGAAACCAAGGUGGUUUGUAAAGGACAAAGACGGCAUCUACCGUUAUGCUGGCGGGUACUGGGAGGCCAGGGACAAGGGCAUCUGGGAAUCUUGCCCUGACGUAUUUGGCCAAAUUCCAAAUGAUACUGAUCUUGAUCCAACUUCACCUUCCUAAUUUCUCAGCUCUUUCGCCCUUGUAUGUAAUUUAGAGGCCACGCUAAACUAACAGCAACAUGGUACAGAUAAGAAUUUUUGAUGAAGCAUCUUCUCAAUCAAGUCUCAAUUUUUUUGGCAGUUCACAGCUCCAUUUAGCGUUGGGCAGUUCAGAUGAUAUGGCACAGUCUAGUUUUAUUUGUUUGGUUUUUUGUUGCAUUAUUAUAUUUAUAAAAAUUCAUUAAAUACUUGUAUUAUAUCUAUAUCCAUUCUGAAGAUGCCUUGUCCCUUUCCUCGCUCCGGUGCGGUCGUUCGGUGACUCCCUCCUGCAGGAAACAGAUCAAAAGUUUUCAAUUUUAAUUUCCAUACCUGUCUCCUUACUUUUUGGACGCCAUUACUAUGGCACUGUAAAUUUAUUACUUUUUUUCUGCCGGCACGUAAAUUUGUCCGCAUUUUCAUAUUCCAUAAUGAAUUUAAAUUUGAAGGGGGUGAUACCUA